CUUGUACUUAUUGAAACAAGUAGGCUAUGGUUCAUAACAAAUAAUAUAUUCUUUAUAGAGUAUCUGACAUAAAUAGUGUUCACUAAUAAACUGCAGAAUGGAGUUCAAUUACAAACCGCCAAGUACGUUGAUGUCGCGACGAGGGUUCCUCAUGAUGGCGCUGUGCCAGGCUCUGGGGAUCAACAUCUUCAUCACCAUGCCCAACAAUGCUGUCACCAACGGAGCCAUGGGACACAUUAUUGCCUACACUUUGAUCUAUUUAUUAAUAGGCAUACCUGUUCUAUACAUGGAAUUCGUCAUCAGCCAGUUCACUGAAAGAGAUUGCAUCGACGUUUGGAAGGUGCGACCUUGCUUGUCUCACAUCGGCUACCUCAACAUAAUGGUUCAGAUCUGUAUCAUCGUCAACAACCACACGUAUAACUCGUUCUUGCUACAUUUCUUAUUGGUCAGCUUCGAGAGCCCGAUACCGUUUUAUUCGUGCAGGGGCUCUUGGAACACAAAACAUUGCAAUUUGCUUGCAAACAACUACUCGGUUCGAGAAGACUGCCUCCGAUCUAAGGAAUACUUUUCAUACUGCAAAGACUUCCAUAACACCUUUCCUGAGGUUCAGUACUUCAGAUAUUACGUCAUAGGACAGAAGUCUGGUGAACCCAUUUUUAUUGCAUGGCGAAUGUUACUAUCCUCAAUUGUAAUCUGUAUUAUCGUGUAUUUAGGUAAUUUAAAGAAUAGAAGCACGGUGCAAGUAUCUGCUGAAUUGUUUACAUUUGUCCCACUAAUAGGCUAUGCGACAGUCAUGCUAGGGUCAAUGGUACAAAAAGGAAUAGUGAAAUAUUUCGAAGAAGCCUUGGAUGUGGAUAUGGAUAUAUUCUUGGAGAAAAGCCGGUUGUCGGGUAUGAUACAGCAAGUUUUGAACGCGCUGCGCAUCGGGUCCGGCGUGCCCCUCAACCUGGGUUCGUUGGCUGCGUUCCACGCGCCGUGCUACUCCAACACGGUGGUGGUGGUGAUCGUCUGCUCCACGCUGGUGGUGCUCGCCACCUGCACCACCGCCAUGAUGUACUGCCCCUACGCCUACCGAUUCACCAUUUCACCCUCGCAAAUCAUGAAAACAGAAUUAUCUGUCAUGUUCGAGAAAUUGCCACGGCUCAUGUACGAAUACGACGGACGCAAGUGCUGGUUGAUCCUCGCUUACGGCAGUGCCACAUUGUUUGGUAUGGGAACGAAUACGGUACUAAUUUCGCACAUCAUGGAUUUAGCAAUAGACAGAUCCAAAACUGUUGCAAAAUAUCCUGGAUUAGUUCGUUUUAUUGGUAUAUCAUUAUUGUUUGUACUUACGAUUCCUUUAUUGGGAAUUACGGGCUUAACAAUUGUUGUCAUUUUAAGGCAAGUUUCCAUGUUUAUUACUUUAUUACUAGGUAUUGCAGAAAGUCUGGUAUUUGUCGUGUGGUACGGUGUGGGAAGGUUUGCUGAGGACGUUCACUUCAUGCAAGGAAUCAGGCCAGGUUGUUAUAUGAAAACCGUUUGGGUUCUUUCCAGCGUUUUGCUGAGUUACGUAUUAUGUAGUGAAUUUUACCGUUCGUUUACAACGAUGACCAAAUUACAGGAUUAUGCGGCAAUGAUCACUUUGUUGGUUUGUAUUAUUAUCGUGCUCGGGAUAUUUCUGGUAAAAAUUACAGUUGCGGCAUGUAAGAAUAGGUUUGUGGAGGAGUUUAAAUUGGAUCCUACUUGGGGGCCGAAGAACUUGAUUCUGAAGCGGAGUAGGGCGAUGUUCACGGCGCAGGCGAUGACCAAGGAGUACAUGUACCGGCAGCACCAGCUGCAGGCGGGCGUCAUGCAGCGGCAGCGCGCCGCCAACCUCCGGGAGCGCAGGUCUUCCUCGCCGCCCACUUAACGUCUACCUUCGUAUUUUCUCUCAUCUUUGCUUCAGGAUGCGAGUCCACUGUCCCACUAUUUCUCUCUUUGUCCAGUCUUCGGCAUUUUCUAUUUUAAAGCUCACAUAUCGUCGUGUCUUUCAAUUUUAAUUUAUAAAAGUGAAGUAAAUAUAACAAAAUAUGUAUUAAUCAAAUAAAUGUAACUACCAUUCGUAGCACGUCUUUAUUUUGUAGCUUCAAUUAAAUAUAUAAAAUAAUUAGUAAAUACAAUCUGAGCACACAUACACAGUCGACAAUACAUAGAUACUUUGUAAUGGCAAAUUAUUCACACGCUUACAUUUCCCAUUUCCUUGCGCCAAUCGCAGCUUUGGGCGGGCGGCCGCGUGGGGGAGCUAGACUUAUCAAUGUGCGCGCGCACUCCUUUCUUGUGCAUGUAACUUUUGGUUUUACAUUAUGUACGGAUGACAUAAAGCAGGGCAAUCGAAUACACUCAUAUUCUCGGUAUAAUUUAGGAAAACCUUGUCAAUAAAAUAAGUUAAAUAUACUAAUCUAUUUAUUAUUGUCGUUAUAGUCGUUCUUCGAUAGAUUAUAUUCGUCAUAUGAUUUCCAGCAGU